AAUAAUAAGUGAAAUAAUUUAUAUCAUUUGGUAAAAUUAUCCUAAUUUGUUGGACGGCAUAGAUACGGUUAGAACGAUUAAUUGUUUGAUUUUUUUAAUCGUUAAUUAACCGGAGCUUGAUCGAAGUUGUCUUUAAUCACCGAUUAGAUUAAUUGGAGCUCGGUGAAAACCGCCUUAAGGAAAGCAGAAAGCAGAAACGUCAACGCGCCAUCUGAAAGUAUCCGUACGUCGAGGAAAGUGGAGCGUGGAGCAGUCGAGAUAUGAAUUUGAAAACAAUGGAAAACCGUCAAAAGUAAUUUUGGCACGUGUUUGUUCGAUUCGGUUAUUGUUGCAAGAAGUGCAAGUGAUCUAAUGACCUUGCUGAACGAAAAUGCAGACGCGCAGUUCCUCUAGUAGCGACGACGGAAGUACCGAGCCGGCGAACAAAGGCGCGGAGGCCGCGGAAAAGGAGAGGCUGCUCCGAGAGAUACAGGAGCUGAAAUGUAUCGUCAAACAGUGCGAAUGGAGUCUGCAGACGUUGCGCUUUAAGGACGUGGAGGAACGCGUGACCAAAAGAUCCUUGCAGAGCCGGGACGUUUCCUCGCUGACGCGAAACAGAGUGCCGAAUGUCGAGGUCGAUCUGCAGAACGAUCUGUACAGAUUCGCCGGGUUUCGUUGCGUUAAAUUUCGGAGGGACGAGAUUAUAUUUAAUUUCACAUCGACAAACGAAAAGCAGAAGGACAACACUCACGCGGUGCAGAUCUUCAUCAAGGAUGGAAAGGGCAAUCUGGGAAAAUGGGUGAUGCCAAUGUCAAUCGAUAUGAAUUACAUAUUAUCCAAAACGCCUAUCGACCAAUUGAAAAAUUUAACUGCCUUUAUAAAGAACUGCAAGCACAAUGUCGACUGCUACACGGCGCGGCAAGAGCAAUUUCUGUCGUUACAGAAUAGUAUUUCACAUAUGAAGCAUUGUACUCUGCAGUCAGACCUUGGAUUCAAGCAAAUCAGUUUAGAAUUGUAUGGUGUACACGAUAAUGAAAGUGACAGAUAUAUAGACUUGAUAAUACAUUUGCUUUAUCAUUUCGACAAAGCAAGACCUUACAAAAUUGAGGUUAAUGCAACGAACAAAAGCAAGUUAAGCGACGAUGCAAAACAGAGAUUAAAGAUAUGCUUGAAGGAAUUUAGAAUAUCAGACUUACAAACUGCAUUCGACAAGAUUCUAGAUCCAGAGGACAAUUCCACAUUUACAUGGACACGGGCAGACGACAGUGAAAGUCCAUUGGAAUUGAAUGAUACUAGCAGUUCUGAUGAAGAAGACUUCUUAGUUCAGCUGCAAUCAGAUCGGAAGAGAUCGUUGAGAAAGCUUCAGAGAAAGCGUGAAUUGCAUAAGAAAUGGAAUGAAAGGAAAAGGCGAAGACUUAUUAGAAAUAUUACUGACUCAUCGGAAGAUGAUCAAGAGGAUAGCCACUCAAAAGUGAAAGUAUCACGUACUGAGAAACCACGGCAAAUUCCGAUAAGAAAGAAGAAAACAGAAAAGGCUACACCUAUUCAAACCUACACAAACCAAAAGAAAAUUAUUAAAAAUCCACCAAUAAAUCCACUGGAAGAAACAACGCCAAUGCACAAAUCUAAAGUUAAAUUGAAGCAGACAAAAUUAAAUUUCCAAACUCACGAGGCUACGAAUUCUAAUACAAGUAAAAUAUCUUUGGUUGAAUCAAGACUGCAUAAUAGACCUGAUAACAAGCAGUUGACGAUUGCCAAACUAAUUACCAGCACUCCACUACGUGUCAACAUUAGAAGACUAUCACCUAGUCUAGAGAUUAAUAAUAUUACAUCUAUUGAAACGACCAAGAAAACGGCAAAUAAAUUAGAUGACUCCAAAAAUAGCGAUCAAUUAGGCAAUGAAAAGACUCGGGAAAGGAAUACUCGAUCAUUACGAAGUAGCACGAAGACCACUGGAUUGUCACCACAAAUGAAGACAAAUCAACGCCUUACAAGAAGCAUGAUAAAAAGUUAGGAAGUAAAAAAACGUGUAUAAGUAUAUAAAAGUAUGAGAGAGGUAACGAGGUGUGUUUACUGCAAAUAAACUAUAUAUAUGUUCUAUGCAUUUCAAAAAAUACAUUUCAUAUAUAUAUCUUUUUUUUUAUCACGUCAUCCCCCUGUAUUUGUAUCUUAUUGUAAAAUAAACAGACAAUGGUACAUGUGA